AUGGGUUUGAUCAGAGACGUACUUGGCUCAGCCAUGGGAGCCGACCAAGUCAAAAACGGCUUCAACGAUCGUGGAAGACAUUCACGGACACAGUCAGGGUCUCCUCAAUAUCCUCCUGCACUUCCACCAAGAAGCUCCGGAUACGACUAUCGUGACAGUCAACGUUCCUACCAACAAGACGAUUACAGAUAUGACAGUGACGAUUACGAUUCCAGACAACCCUAUAUGAACUUUGUUCAAGAUCGAGAUCCUCGUCCGUACUCGGUACAACAGGGUCCUCAGGGCUACAACAAUAGCUACAAUGUUCAAGAUUUGGGGUAUUCGCGGGGAGCACUUGAUGGCUUUCGCCCAUUCGCUCUACCUCAGAUUACCUAUGGAGACGGCCAACCUUUUCUUCGCGGAUAUAGUGAUGAACUGCAACUGUAUAAUAUCUCCUUCAACCAGUUUAUGCAAGCUUUGGAUGCCAUCAAUGUCGCUAUAAUACCAAAUCCGGAGGCGCAGAUCUUCCAGAAGGGAGCCAAUAUUGCCGGAUGGGUUCCUGUUAGUAGUGUCCUUCUACCUGGCGCCGCUUCAAUCGGCCUCACCGUUGGCCAGAUCGGUGUUGGGAUUGGUACAGCGAUGGGCCAUUCAUCGGCCAUUGCGAAGGUGAUGUCAAAAGCCAAUUUGGAACUUUUCGUGCCAAAUGGUCUUGAGAUCUGCAUUGGCAAAUCAAAGGACGUCGACACCGAAGUUGGAAUCUCUUCAAAUGGAGGAGCAGGGCUCGGCGCCCAACCAGAAGACAGAGCCGCAUUCUACGGCAAUCACCUUGCACCUCUCACCAAUGUGUUACCACCAUUACAGAACAGUGGAGGACGUUCAAAUCCUCUUGCAAUGCUUAGUCAACAAUUCUCGGAUAAAGAUAACGACAAGAAGAUACGUAAAACGCAGGAAAAGCUGGCGAAGGGGAAAGCUGACAAGUACAAUGCCCUGGAAAGGAGUCUUCAAUGCGUAGGUCAUUUCCUCAAAACAAAAAUUUAA